CCGGCGGCGGCGGCGGCGGCGAGCGGGGCUCCGGGUCCCGGAUCCCGGGGGGGCAGCCUGCCACACAGGACCUUGUCAACCUGUUGUGUGCAGUGUGACAGAAGAAAAUUACCCGUGUGUUUUCAUAACUACUACAAUGGGCCAGAAGAUGUAAGGGAGUGCCUACAGUUCCAUGCUGAACGAUUGACGUGUACCCCCUUGAGGUAGCUGGUAAUUGCUGGAGUGUCCCAACACUGCAAGGACUUUUUACAAGGCUCUCUGGAUGGUCCUGCCGUUUGCAUUUACUUGACCAGACGAGCAGAAGUUUACUUGGUCAUGACUGAACAUGACUGAUUCUGCUGACAAAAUGAAAUCUCUCCCCAGCGGUGAUUUUUCAGAAAGCCUUUUUGACAUGAACUAUUUUUCCUGGAAUGUCCGUUGCACUCUGAUAGCUACUGGUUUUCUGUUCUAUUUUAUGGUUUUUGUUUUAUCUCACAUGGUCUGCCGUUCACUGUCGCUGACUUACCGUUCUUUGGCAGCAAAGGAGAAAGUCUUCUGGAACCUCGCCAUCAGCCGUGGGUUUUUCGGGAUCCAGGGCACGGUUGCAGGACUUUGGGCUCUCCUGAAAGAUCCUGUCUUGCAGGCUGAUAAAAUGCUCGGUCAACAGAACUGGUGUUGGUUCAACAUCCUGACAGCGUUCGGCUUCUUCAUGUUCGAGAAUGCAGCUCUUCAUGGGUCCAACAUCAUGUUCAAAACCUUUGACAUGGCUUUAGCUCUGCAUCACUUCUUCGCCAUUUCUGGUUUUGGCAGCACUCUGAUCUGGGACAAUGUUGGCCACUACUUGCCAAUGCUGAUACUGCUGUUGGAGAUGAGCACCCCUUUCACUUGCAUUUCUUGGAUGCUGCUGAAGGCUGGUUUUUCACACAUUCGGCUUUGGAAACUGAACCAGUGGCUGAUGAUCCACAUGUUUCACUGCCGUAUGAUCCUUACCUACCACAUGUGGUGGGUGUGCUGGCAGGACCUGGACAAAAUAAAGCUCUACGUCCCAGUCCCGCAGGCAGUGUUGUUCUUUCCUGGACUCUUUCUCCUUACUUUCAUCAUCAAUCCAUACUGGACACACAAGAAGACGUUGCAGCUCUUUAAUCCGGUGGACUGGAACUUUGCAAAGGAAACAAAGAGAGUGGUGAAUGGUGAAACAAGCCCGGCUUUGAAGAAAACAACGUGAUUGGAACGUACAGCUGUAAUCUGGGGCAUAAUGAAAACCAGCUCCUGACACUUAAAUCAACUUGGUUCAUCAUUGUUCCCCAGAUUUGGAACUUGUUUAUGUGUUAACUGUCAUCACCAACAGAGGGUUCCCUACAGUCAACCUUAUGCAAUAAGUGUUAAACAAACCAAAUGCUGAUGGGUUUGGGAGGGGGGGGGGAGGGGGGUGGUGUUGUUGACAAGCCAAAAGAUUUUAGGUUUUUACUUAACCCUGCUGGUUUACACGUGUACAGUUGGAACACUCAUUUGACAAUUCAUUCUUAAAACUGUUUAGAUUUUUUUUGACAAUGAUUUUCCGAACUUUAUUUUUUUAAAGCAGUCAUCAGACAGUAAUAAAUCACGGUGAUUAAAUGAUUGCAUUAAUGUUUGUGGAUAAUAUCUUCCUUUGGUGUUGCAGGUUGUUUACUGCCUGCACAAAGUUUAAUGUGAUAACCAUUUGCAAGAAUCACUAACAUGCCUGCACUCCGUGGAUGUUGUAUCAGUAAUGUUUUGUGUAAUAGAUUCUUUGCCUUCAAGAUGUGGUAACUUUUUCAAUAUAAAUAUUUUUAUUUAUCUGUCUUGAUAUAGUUGUUAACUGUUGAACAGUAUAUUUUACAUUCUUAAUAUUGUAUUUCUGAAAAUCCAGGAUGUGCCCUGUAGUAAGUACUUGUAAAUAUGUUAAGUUUAAGAUUUCUGUAAGUUGCCGAUGAUGUAUUGAUCCUGAAGUUUGUUUCUGUGUGUUACUGCAGGGAAAGUCCUACAAGAACUGCCCAAGCCUUGGCAAUGGAAAUGCCAAUCAGUUUUCAUUAAACAGCUAUUGCUAUUACAGUUUACCAGUAUUUUAGGAAUGUUACCUGUGCAAUUUAUAGAAAUGGCUAGUUUCCAAAGAAGAUCUUGCUGUUGUUUUGCCACAUCACUGCUGGUAUGGAUUUAUAGUUUGCCUCAUAUCCAAAGCACUCAUUAAUUAAGGUCAGCAACGAGGCAAGUUCUUGUUUGAUUUGCAAGUUUUAUAGUUUCUCAUUGUGAUGAUGAUUCUUGUUACUUAAGGAAAAUCACAAUACUUCUACUUCAACAAUAUUCCCUAUGGGAACGUGGUGUGUGUGAGAGUGAGCAGUUAACUUGUCCUAUUUGAAGAGCACAGGAAGAGGGGAGCUGUAGUUUGACAAUUUUUAUCUCCAGGUCAGAAGAAUGACAACAUUUUUUUGAAGAUGUGAUUUUUGUACAUGAAACAAAUGUCAGGUGGUUUGUGACCUGGGUUAUGCCACCUGCUGUCUGACUGUACAUGAAACACUUCAGUCGGUUUGUUACCUGGGUUAUAUCACCUGCUGUCUGAUGGACUGUACACAUCACCUGUCUGACAGACACACACUUGUUCCCGAAGAUGUGGCACUGAGCACAGGAACAUGGGGUGAUUUUCACUACAGCUGUGGUUUUGGGAGGUUUUAACAACAAUUUGAAAUGAGUUAUAUUUAAGCUAUUUUUUAAGUUUGACCCAGGUUAACUUUUUAAUGGAUGAUCAGUAUCUGGGACUGGAGGCACUGUGGAGUAUGUGGCCAGCGUGUCCACACCAGCUUUCCCAUCGAUUCUUGGGUGGAUAAUAGUUUUGUCGGAGACCUGCAGUAGUCCUUUGCACCCAAGGGUGAAAUCUUGCAUCGGGCUAAUCUAGUUAAUUGUCUUUUGUUAAGACUGUAGUCACCAAAAAUAAACCUCUGGGUGAGAAAUGUUUAAGGACAACCUUGUCACAGUUUUUGAAGUGGGAGAAAGGUUUUUCCAAGUUAGUUAAUAGAACAUAGUACAUAGAAAAACUACAGCACAAUUCAGGCCCUUUGGCCCACAAAGCUGUGCCAAACAUGUCCUACUAGGCUUACCCAUAGCUCUCUACUCAGCUAGAAAAAGAAAAAGAUAGACAGUUAAGAGCAGGACUGAAGAAAUCUGCCCAGGCUUUGAAAUUCAGUUCUAUUCCAGGAAAAUAGUCCAAAAAUGUUUUUCCUUUUGUUUACUUUGUGCAAAGUACUGUUAUCGUCUUGAGGAGUGACUGAACUUGUCUCACAAGGAGAAUGGUGAAAGCAGCUGCUGUGUAUGAUCACUUAUUUAAAUAAACUAGCUUAACCAUU